UUAGAUAGCCACUCACUCUCACAAUCAGCAGUUUAAUUUUCUGCUUCCCUUUAUGAUUUGUUUGUCAUUUUCUCCACUGAUGUAAAAGUUAGCAAUAUGUUCCUUUUGAAAGUUCAACACUCUACGUCUGUCCAAUAAAAACGAACCAACUGGAAAAUGAGAUGAUGCUAAUGAAAUCUGUAUUGGGUGUGUAUAAGUAUUGUACUCCUCUGAAUGCUUUCAAAAUAACACAUUCUCUCAUCCACUCUAGCGUUGUGAGACAUUUAUUUUUCAGGCAUGGGAUUACGUAUUCAUUCACUUUAUAAUAUGUAGUAUAUUUUACACUCAUAUCUAAUGGUGCAUUCAGAUGCUGCGACGGCAGUUGGAGAAAUAGACAUGAUUAGCAAUUUGCAUGAAAGCAUUCUGGGUCACAUACUCUCUUUCCUUCCAACUAUUGAAUCAGUUCAGACUGGUGUGUUAUCAAGAAGGUGGAUUGAUGCUUGGACAUCAAUAAUAAAUCUUAAGUUUGAUGACAGUUUGCUGUUUCAUGGCAAGAAAAUGCAGAGAGAGCAGUUUGUGUGUUUUGUGAACAGAGUGCUUCUUCACCUUGCUAAUUCAACCAUCCAGAGUUUCUCUCUUUGUUUAACAUCUUUUAAUCAUGACUCAUCUCAGGUGAAUGCAUGGAUCUCUUCUGUUUUACAUAGAGGACUCCAGAAGCUUCACAUUCAGUGUUAUGAUAAAGUCCUUCUUUCUUCCCAUUCCCUAUUUAGCUGCAAUUCUCUUGUAGAAUUGAAGCUUCAAAUGAAAUGCACUCUAAAUGUUCCCAUCUCUGCUUUUCUCCCAAACCUUCAAAGUUUUAGCAUUUCGGGGGUGAAACUAGUGAGUGAUUCCCCUACUGAUUCCAAAGACAUAACUCUCAGCUUCCCCGUUCUCAAAGUGUUUGAAGCUAGAGGGUGUGAGUGGUUAACAAUGCAGGACAUUAGUAUUCAAGCACCUCUACUUGAAAAGUUUUCCAUAGCCAUUUGGAACACCCACUCAAAUGGAAAAUGUAAACCUGCCAUCAAGGUUUUUAGUUCUAAACUAACCGAUUUCUCUUAUGAGGGUGAUCUUGAACAAGAGAUCAAUCUGCUUCAUCCGUCAUCGAUUCGCAGUGCUUCUGCUGUGAUUGUUGUUGAUGAAGAUAGAAAGGACAGAUUAUCAAUGGAAAAACUAGUGUUUCAAGCACAAAUGUUUCUCAGACAAUUCCAUCAAGUGGAGCGACUGAAAUUGUUGUUUUACAAGGUCUUAAUCCAUGCUAAAGAUGUCUUCACUCAUUUGCCUGCCUUUGGAAAGUUGACUUAUCUGCAACUAAACGAGGUUACCGGUGAAGCUCUGUUUCACUUGCUCCACCAUUCCCCAUUUCUUAGCAAUCUUGAUUUGCUUAACGGAGUAUCUGACUUAAAUGAAGAUGUCUUGAAGGCUCCAGCAGUACCUGUUUGCUUUUUGUCAAGCUUCAAAGUAUUUCAGUUUAAUGGAUUUAAUGUGAAAGAGCAUGAGCUUUCUCUGGUGAAAUUCGUGUUAGCAAAUGCAGCAGUCUUGGAGCGGGUGAAAAUAUGUACAGCUUUUUGGCUGCGAUAUUCAGAUAUUGACAUGGAGAAAGUUAAGCAGCAGAUACUCUCUUUACCUAAACGUUCCAGCUUUUCCAUGAUUGAAUUUUGUAAUGCCAAAGGUUCCUGAAGAUUUCAUAACAUUCAAACGGGAAAGUGUAUGCGUGAUUUAUAACUCGGAUAAAUGGUAGGGUACAAGAUUUAAAACCCGGAUGUGUUAUGUUUUUAGAAAGAAGAAACGAAAUCUUCACUGA